UGAAUUCUGAAUGCUGUUGACGUUUAUCAGGGAGUAAUUGCACUUUUUCUGUGAAUAUAUAAACUCAUUUACAAUCUCAAAAAAUCGCUUAUUUUUCUUUCCUUUGUGAUCAUGAAUUCGCUCUUGGUAUUGACAUUUUUUGGUUUAGCUGCCAGUGUUUUUGCAGAGCCAUCUUGCAGUGAUACUGAAGCUAAUAAAUGUAAUAAAUUAGCACCAAGUGGCAUUGAGUAUGACCUCAACAAGUCAUGGCCAGAGACUGCUAAAGGACUGGACUUUCUGUGCCCGGGCUUCCUCAAAAUGAUACAGUGUACCAUUGAUUUCUCUGCAAGAUGUCCAAACACAUUAACAGCUGCUUUUAUUGAUUCUAAUCGAGAAUAUCAAAGAAUUUACUCAAAGAUAUGCUCUGAAUCUGAUCCUGCAAGACAAAAAUUUUUGGAGACUGUGCCAUGUUUAAACAAGGAAGUUGGAAUAAUAACAAAAGGCUGUGAAAAAACCAUCACCGAUCUGGGAUACUGCGAACUACAGGAUGCCAUUGGCAAAUGCAUCAAAGAUGAGGUUGCUAAGAAAUGUGGAAAAGAGGCAUAUCGUAUGUUCAGCAAUUUGUACAAACCAAGAGAAGCUCAAUUUGAAGUAUUCUGCAGAGUCAAUUCGAAAGAUAUGUAAAUUAGAUGUUUAAAUAAAUAAACUUCUAAUACG